UUUUCACUCACGUUCUCGUCACAUUCUUAGCUCAGUAUUGCAACGAAAAGCAUGUCCAAAAUUGAAAAAUUGGCAUGAGUUUGCUUGUCUUAAUCACCUUACUAUUGGUGCUUUCGACGCAUGCAUACGAGUUCACCUGCUCCUACACUGCGUGCACCGUGUCCAAUAUACACAUUACCUACGACGGACUGUACGCCUUCAGCUUCAUUCCCAACGGAACGGAUGCGCUAUUUUUGAAAGGUGCUAAAGGGAAACUGGCGGACUUUUCCUUCCUCGAAAGUGCUCCCUAUCUCGUGCAGUUUGUACUGGAAAGGUGUAUUUUUGGUGAGUUGGUUAUACCCGCCUUUAAAACCCCUUCAACGGUGAUAUUAAAACACGUGUCGGUGAAAACUAUUCGAUUCAAUUCCGGUGGUCAAAUGCUCCGUGACGUCAGAUUAUGUGGCACAACGUUCAAGAACAUUCCUGACACAGUUCUGCAACUGUCGGGUGUUGUAAAUCUAGAGCAAAGCCAUUCACCAAUGCGACUCUUGCAGCUAAGUGUACUAAGGCGCAUGAACAGUCUCGUCAAUCUAAACCUGUCCUACAACAAGAUACAAACCAUAACGGCCGACUCGGAGGGUGUUUGCUGUGAGAAGCUGGAGUCUUUAAACUUGAUUGGUAAUUCGCUGAAGCAGUUCGAUUUUGCAGUUGUGAUGUACAUGCCGCAAUUUCAGCGCCUUUUUCUCGGCAACAAUCAAAUCGCAACGAUAAGUGUAGAGGCAAAUAAGCCCUACACAGGUAAGCAGCGCUUCUGCUCUUGGAAAUCUUACUACCUUAAGCGGAUUGAAGUAGGUGUGGAGAUUCCCAAACCACCGUGCGCGGAUUAUUUUGCCAAGCUCAACGGAAUUACGCUAAACCACAACAAACUGACAACGAUCGAUAUGAGCCUGUUUGAACGGAUGAACAUGCUGGAUUAUCUAGAUUUAGCGUACAAUCCUUUAAAAUCUGUGAAGAUAGUGAAGGAAAAAGUGCCAAUCUCAAUCAACUUUGGCCUGCUGAAAGGUGAAGCUGGAUAUUUAUACGACUUACCGCCGGAGGUGUUCACGAGGGUUUAA